CAACUCAGGGGAGCUGCGUGCUUCCCGAGGCAUUUUCCAGCAGAGGCUUGAGAGCUUCUCCGCUCUUUCCACGGUCUCCGAUUCUGCUUCCCACCUUCGCUGUGAACUUUCGGGCAUGUAAGCUGGAAAUUUUUUCUGCUUCUUCUGGGAAUCUUAAGUAUCUUGUCUGGGAAGAGAGCAGAAUGGCCGUGGAAAAUUUGGCCAGACCUCUUGUGAACAGAAAGACCUGUGGAGAUCCUUGAGUCCAUUUUGGAGCUUUAUUAGAGACCAGAGAGAAGAUGGAGGGACAACACCCAGCAGAUGCAGAAGUUAGAAAAGGCCCUCCAGCUGCUCAGCCUUGGAGCUGUGGAAAGAAUGGGCCAGAUCCUGGGCAGAAGAGCCAUGAAGAGGCAUCCAAUAGUUCAGAGGUCCAAUGUUGUCACUUCAGAAAAGUGCAGUUUCAGGAGGGGAGCCGUCCCCGAGAUGUUUGCACUCAGCUUCACUACCUUUGCUGUCAGUGGCUGCAACCAGAAAAACACACCAAGGCUCAGAUGCUGGACCUGGUGCUCCUGGAACAAUUCCUGGCUGUUCUUCCCCAGAGAUGGCAAAAUGGGUGCGGGAGUGUGGAGCAGAGACCAGUUCCCAGGCAGUGUCCCUGGCUGAAGGCUUCUUGCUGACUCAGGAGGAGGAAAACAUGCAAGAAGAGUUGCAGAAAUCCGUGGAAACUGUGACUGAGUAUUCUAAAGAGGGGAAAGAUUCAUUCAGGUCUUCUCAAGAGCUGCUCUUCAGGGAGAACUUCCAGAAAGAUCAAAAUCAAGACGCUAUGCAAGAGAGUAGAAAGCUAUCCUUGGACUUUUUAGAAUCACCUCUUUGUGCUGGAGCUGAAGGAUUAGCUGAACCAUCGCUUCAGGAUGUUGUUUCUUUUGAGGAAGUGGCCAUGUAUUUCUCGGAAGAAGAGUGGUCUCAACUGGAUGCUGACCAAAAAGAGCUCUACCGAGAAGUCAUGCUGGAGAAUUCCAGGAAUCUCUUUUUUCUGGGCUUUAAUGGUCAAAAGAAUAAGAAUUGCAAGCAGAAAUGCCAAGCGAUCCAUUCGAAAGGGGAGGAAACGAAAUUUGAAGAUCAGAUGCAACCGAAGAGUGAUGAAACAAAGCAAUCACGAAGUGGAAUUAACAAUGGUUUUUCUCUGGUCAGUUGGCUUCCUUAUCAUACAAUCAUAGAUAUGGGAGAAAGGCCAUAUAAAUCCAUGGAGUGUGGAAAGACGUUCAAUAAAUACGAUCAUCUCUUUUCUCAUAAAAAGACACAUUCAGAAGAGAAAUCAACUACCUGCAGGGAGUGUGGAAAGACUUUCUGUGAUAAUCACUCUCUUAGAAGACAUGAAAUUAUUCACAAAGGAGAACGAUCUUAUAAGUGCAUGGAGUGUGGAAAGGGUUUUAAGAAAAGUAAUCAUCUUGCCUCCCAUAAUAGGAUUCACAAAAGAGAAAGACCUUAUAAAUGCUUGGAAUGUGGAAAGACCUUUACUCGGGGCAGUCAUCUUAAUUCCCACAAGAGGAUCCACACAACAGAGAAGCUAUAUGAAUGCAUGGAGUGUGGAAAGACCUUCUGUUUUAAUCAUUCUUUUAUAAGACAUCAAAGGAAUCACAAAGGAGAAAGACCUUAUAAAUGCAUGAAAUGUGGAAAAACCUUUACUUGUAGCAGUAGUCUUAAUUCCCACAAUUUGAUCCACACAGGAGAGAAGCCAUAUAAAUGCAUGGAGUGUGGAAAGGGUUUUAGGAAGAGUGGUAAUCUUAAUACCCACAAGAGGAUCCACACAGGAGAGAAACCGUAUCAAUGCAUGGAUUGUGGAAAGACCUUUUGUUAUAAUCGUUCUUUCAUAACCCAUCAAAUGAAUCACAAAGGAGAAAGACCUUAUGAAUGCACGGAGUGUGGAAAGACCUUUGCUUGUAGGAGUUAUCUUAAUUCCCACAAGAGAAUCCACUCACGAGAAAGACCUUAUAAAUGCAUGGAGUGUGAAAAGACCUUUAUUUGUAGCAGUUAUCUUAAUUCUCACAAGAAGAUCCACACAGGAGAAAGACCUUAUCAAUGUGUGGAAUGUGGAGAUGGCUUUAAAAGGAGUUGUGAUCUCAUGUCCCAUAAAAGGAUCCAUUCUGGAGAAAAAACUAUAUGAAUGCAUGGAGUGGAGCUUUUGAAGUAGUAACGCUUUUACUCGCCAUAGAAGCAUCCACACAUGGGAGAAACCAUAUCAGUAAAGGAAUUGUGGAGAGAGCUUCAAUAGAAAUCCAGAUAGUUCUCACCUUACGACUGCAAUUGUGCCCAAAGUUUCUGUUGCUUAGUGAAACAGUCAUUGUGCAUUUUGCCCCGUUUUACGACAUUUCUUGCCACAUUUGUUAAGUGAAUGACUGUAGUUGUUAAAUUAAUAACACUGCUGUGAAAUGAAUCUGGCUUCCCCAUUCAAUUUGCUUGUCAGAAGCUCACAAAAUGUGAUCACAUGAUCCAGGGACACUGCAAUUGUCAUGAAUCAGUUGCAAAGCAUCUGAAGUUUGAUCAGGUGACCAUCAGGAUGCUGCAAGUCAUAAAUGUGAAAAAUGGUAAUAAGUCACUUUUUUCAGUGUUGCUGUAACUUUGAACAAUCACUAAAUGAAUUUUAGUAAAUUGA